UACACAUUGACCUAGCACAGCUGCCAGUAUCCCUCAGCUCUCCCUCCUGUUACGUUUUAUUUCUGCCGUUCCUGCUUCAUCGCCACCUGCUUUAGUUUGUGUUCCUGCUACACCACAACCUGCUGUAAUCUGUGUUUCUGCUACAUCACCACCUGCUGUACUCUGUGUUCCUGCUACAUCACCACCUGCUGCAAUCUGUGUUCCUGCUUCAUCGUCACUUGCUGUAGUCUGUGUUCCUGCUUCUUCACCACCUUCUGUAGUCACUAAUCCUCCUUCACCAUCGUCAAUAUGAGUGUGGCGCCACCUUCCACUCUGCCUCGGAACUAUGAUCGCUAUAACGAAGUAUUCGGUCACAACAGAAGACCUUCCGUAGAGUUCAAGAACCUGACGAAGAGGGACGCCAAGGUACAACUAGCGCAAGAGCUGCAGAAAUUGUUACACACCUGCCCGCAGUACCUGAGGGAGGCCACGCAGAAGGAGAUGGAAAGUUUUGAGAAGCUUUUUGGUCGGUUCAUCAACGAGGCUGGACCAUCCGUUGAGUGGGACAAGAUAGAGAAACUGGAGGAAGGAGCUGUUCGCAGCUACAGUGAGCUCGAGAGCCCCAAAGUGAGCUCCGUGAAGUCGAUGCUGGAUAAGCUGGUGGUGGUCAAGCUCAACGGUGGUCUAGGCACAUCAAUGGGCUGUCAGGGUCCCAAGUCCAUCAUUCCUGUUCGCUCAGAUCUGACUUUCCUUGACCUGACCGUCCAGCAGAUUGAGCACCUGAACAAGACCUACGACUGCAAUGUACCUCUCGUCCUAAUGAACUCCUUCAACACUGAUGAAGACACCCAAAAGGUCGUCCGCAAGUAUCAGGGCUUCCAGGUGAAGAUCUACACCUUCAAUCAAUCAAGGUAUCCCCGCAUCAACAAACAGUCCCUCAUGCCUAUAGCCAAGACCUGUGCCAGUGACGACAGCUUUGAGGGGUGGUACCCGCCGGGCCACGGAGAUUACUAUCAAUCCUUCAGUAAUUCCGGUUUAUUGGACAACUUCAUUAAUGAGGGAAAGGAGUAUGUUUUUGUGAGUAACAUUGACAACCUCGGGGCCACCGUUGACCUAAACAUCCUGAACUUUCUACUAGGAGGUCACCACCCUGCCCAAUGUCAGUUCCUAAUGGAGGUCACUAACAAGACCAGAGCUGAUGUCAAGGGAGGGACGUUGAUAAAGUACGAGGAUAAGUUGAGACUGUUGGAGAUAGCCCAGGUCCCCAAAGAUCACGUAGAUGACUUCAAAUCCGUCAAAACCUUCAAGAUCUUCAACACCAACAACCUAUGGAUUAAAUUGACAGCGAUGAGGGAGGUGCUGGCGGAGGGGACGGUCGACAUGGAGGUAAUCAUUAACAACAAGACACUCGACAACGGCCUUAACAUCAUCCAACUCGAGCAGGCCGUCGGUGCUGCCAUCAAGAGCUUCUCAGGUGCCCUAGGAAUCAACGUGCCACGCUCAAGGUUCCUGCCCGUGAAGAAGACAGACGACCUCCUCUUGGUGAUGAGCAACUUGUACCGCCUACAGCAGGGUGCCCUCACCAUGUCACCUCUCCGUAUGUUCGACACCACGCCCUUAAUAAAGCUGGGGUCCUCACAGUUUGGUAAAGUCAAGGAUUUCAUCAAGAGAUUUUCGUCCAUCCCAGAUAUGUUGGAACUCGACCAUCUGGCUGUGUCUGGUGACGUGACUUUCGGCCGAGGAGUUGUACUGAAGGGUACAGUUAUCAUCAUCGCCAAUCAUGGAGAACGUAUCGACAUCCCCGCAGGCGCCAUCCUGGAAAACAAAAUCGUUUCAGGCAACCUCCGGAUACUGGAUCACUAAACCACACUAACGGCUAGAGAGCGCCCGUCAUCCAAGUUGUGAUUGGUUGGUGGUACUUGAUGUCAUAUUUUUGAGAGACUAAACGAAUCUAAACCUAACCUUCAUGUCCAGUGGAAGGUUUGGUUGGAUUCAUAUUGCCUGUACUGUAUACUGUCACCUUGAGAGGCUUUUUAAGAACUGCUGAUCUAUAUAUCCUUGAGGAAAAAUAUUCGAGGAGUUGCAACUAAUCAUUGCCUGAGUCUCUUUAGCAGCAAGUAUAAACUGCGAUAUGAGCAGCUUAAAAUGUAUCUAUAUAUUUUUUCCUGAUAAAUAAACUGUUGGUAUUUUCCUUA